AUGGCAAGCUUCAUUCAAGACACGCUCACAAAGAUCCCCGGCGUCGACCCCCGUCCCGCUCAACGCUCCCAGUUCUUCUCGGGUCUGAACGAAGGACCCGCCGAGACCGCCUCUCGCAUUGCCGGGCUUGUCAGUAAGUCGGGCGCAUCCGACAACUCGCCCUACUAUACCUCCAACUUUGGUCAGCUCAUCCCUCACUCCGGACACCCCCUCAACAUCGGCGGUAUCCCGUACCAAGGCGAUCCGCUCUUGCUCGAGAAGCAGCAAGCUUUCGACCGUUCCAAGCUCGCUGAACGUAUCGUUCAUCCAGCGGGAUGGGCAGCGUUCGGCAAGUUUACAGUCACCAAGGACGUCACCCAUCUCACCAAGGCCAGCUUCCUCAGUGCGGUCGGCAAGGAGACGCCCACUUUUACUAGGCUCAGUACCGUCACUUAUGGGCGAGAAUAUCCCGAUGUCGCCCGAAACCCUCGAGGUUUCGCCGUCAAAUUCUAUACCGAGGAUGGCAACUUUGACAUGGUCGGUCUGAACUGGCCAGUCUUCUUUGUCCGUGAUCCCUUCCAGGGCCCAGACAACAUCCGCUCUCAGCAGCGCAACCCCGAAAACUUCCUGCUCGACUUCAACGCGUGGUUCGACUUCCUCGCCAACGUCCCCGAAUCGCAGCAUGCAGGUCUCAUGUUGCUCUCCGACCACGCCACGCCGGACGGGAACCACUUCUCGGCGUAUGGGUGCCAUACUUUCCGCUGGGUCAACGCCGCUGGCGAUGCUGUCUUCGUCAAGUACCACUUCCGUCCGCACCACGGCGCCAAGCAGCUGGACUUUGACCAGACAAUGAUGACUCAAGGUCUCGACCCCGACUAUUCCAAGCGCCAGCUGUUCGAAAAGAUCCACAAUGGCGGCAAGUUCACAUGGACGAUGAUGAUCCAGGUCAUGACGCCCGAGGAGGCGGCCAAUUCCGAGUUUGAUCCGUUUGACGUGACCAAGGUUUGGCCCAGGGGCCAAUUCCCGAUGCAGGAAGUCGGAGAGGUCGAGCUCAACCGCAACCCUGAAGAUUAUCACCGAGACGUCGAGCAGGCGGCAUUCUCGCCUGGGUCGCUUGUACCAGGGAUCGAGCUGUCUCCGGAUACGCUUCUCAACUGGCGGGCGUUUUUCUAUCGUGACGCUCAAUAUCACCGCCUCCAGUCGGCCAACAUCCACCAGAUCCCUGUCAACUGUCCAUUCAUGUCCAAGUUCCACUCGCCCGACAACUUCUUUGGGUCGAUGCGGAUCGACGGUGAUGCGGGCAAGAAGCCAGUCUACGUGGCUAUGGAGAUCCCCUUCCAAGUCGCCAGCAACGUGGUCAGUCGCCAGUCGCACUGGUCUCACGAGGGCAAGGCGAGCGAGUAUGAUCAGGUCAGGGAGCUGUAUCUGCGGGUGAUGACUCCGGAGCAGAGGGACCAUUUGCACAAGAACACCGCCAAGCUCCUUGUAUUCGCGGAUGAGAUCGUUAAGAAGCGCUAUCUCGUGCAGCAGUGCGCUAUCGCCCCGCAGUACGCCCAGGCGAUAUACGACCUCCUCCCUGCCGAGAAACGAGGGACGUUCACGAUGGAAGAGGUGGCGAAGGAUUCCAAGACGGCUCAUUUAGUCGGGAAGGAUCUGGAUUAUGUCAGCGGGGAUGGAAGGGGGUUUAUGGGUAUGCCGGUACCGAGGGCUCAUUAG